AUGUCGUCGUAUUCGAACUACACAAACUCACCAUGCGCGGCGUGCAAAUUCCUCCGGCGAAAAUGUAUCUCAGACUGCGUAUUUGCGCCAUAUUUUCCGCCGGAAGAACCUACAAAGUUUGCGAACGUCCACCGGAUAUUCGGGGCAAGCAACGUCAGCAAGAUCCUCCACGAGGUGGCCCCACAUCAAAGGGAAGACGCGGUGAACUCGUUGGCUUACGAGGCGGAGGCACGGCUAAAAGAUCCAGUGUAUGGCUGCGUUGGGGCCAUCUCGGUGCUCCAAAGACAAGUCUUGAGGCUCCAAAGGGAACUAGAGGAGACCAAUGCUGAUCUCAUGAGGUAUGCUAGUUGUCUUGGUGGUGAAACGAUGUCGGCUUAUGGUGGACGGAGGGGUUGA